AUGUGGCCGCCCUUUCCCAAGUUCUACAUCCUUCGACCAGACGCCAAACAAGUACCCCUGAUCCCUCUCGACGAACUGCCAUCGUGGCUCCAGAUCGGUUUCCUCGACUGGAACGACCCAAAACUUUACAUGUUUAUGAUUCCAGCCACCACCAGCAUCGUACCCCGAGAAGGGGAGUACGAUGUCAUCUGCCAAUAUUGUCUAAACAGCGUCGACAACACGCUUCAUCGAAGUGCAUCUGAGUCCGGUAACGACAUCGGAUCUUCAAUCUGUGCAACACACAGUCGCCAGAAGGCAACCAAGUCCCCCAGUGCUGUCGACAUUGCGGCCCUUGUCCCGCAAACCAUCGCCAGCUAUAAGGAACUUUCAGGCCUUUCUAAAAUACCUGUAUACGACAAAGAUAUCCCCAUUCCCACGGCGUAUAGUGGCCCUCUUUUGCAGCACCCACCUUUCCAUUCAGUCCUUCAACGUCCUAUUGUUGGAAUGUGUGUCAUAAGGGUUGCAGAGUUUAUGUGGGGGCUCCUGCCAACCAUGACUUCGCAGCCGCCUUUGGCGAACGGUGUACCAGUAGGGGAAGAGGAAGAGGAGGAGGCAUGGGAAGGGGAGCCACAGCUUCCACCCCCGAAUACCAAUGUAAUAGGGCCUUCCCAGCUGGAUCCGACUGGGGUGGAUUCGGAGGAGCUUGACAACGCAUUGGAAAGGUUGCGUAUACAAAGCGAGUCAUCGGAAUUUGAGCGCCGCGAUCUUGAUGAAGAAGAUCAGCGGUCCCAGCACAGUAACCAAAGUCAACAAGGAUUGUCAGGGUCUCACGGAUCUCAAGGACCACCUGGACCACCUGGGCCCAGUAUGCCAGGUCCUGCAUCUGCCAGCGAUCCAUCCGGCUCAGUGUCAGAGCAAACUGGAAGUGAUUAUGAAAUUCCCGGCUGGAUGGUAAAUGCGGAUGGCAAUCCCUCGGAACUGGAUUUGUGGAUGGCUGAGAUACCGCGCCUGGGCGACUAUGAUCCGGCUUAUCUACAAGAGAAAGUAGCCUCUAUGCUAGUCGGCGCGUACCAAAAGGGAUUACAGGAUAGGGGAGCUGCUAAGAAGCGAGUUCUCGGCAUCCAUCACGAAAACGCUCAACUACUGUCUGAUUAUUCCCAUCCCCCUUUGUCAAACUGGCAGGCUUUGGAAAGCACUGGAAGAUCAAGAGACGCGCCUGGCUCGAAAUAUGAUGAUGGGGAGGAGGCAGAUGUACCCGAUCUUCAGAAUUUGCAACCCCCAUUAGAUGAGCCAGACAAUGAUGGAAAUACCUCUGAUGAUUCUCAAAAGCAGCAGGACUCAUCAGAUGAGGACGAGAAUGACUCGCAAACUUCGAACGACACGGGAAAUCCACGAGACCCUAAAGACCCCGAAGACCCCCAGGACCCUCCUGACCCUCAAAAUUCCUCAAACCACGAUUAUUCUGAAGAGCCAGAUGAUUCGCCGACUCAACAGGAUGACGGUCACGGUGACUCAGACCAGAAAGGUUCAGGAGGAUCUCACAGUGCACCAGACUCUCAUGCUUGUGAAGACGACUCGGUUUUAAGAGAUACACCAACUCCUCAGCGAACCAAGACUAGUCAAAGAGGGAGUAAUUGCCGUCUGACACCACAUCUUGCCCCGGGACCUUCUCGAGGAGCAACUCUUCGUGGAUACGAAUCCGGUCAUUUAGCUCCAGUCCUGCGGAGUCGAACAAACUCGGGAACUCAUAUACACGGCACUUUGAGUUCGAUGAAUUCGGUUCAGAAAAAGGUACCAGGUACCGCUGCUGGUGAGUAUAAAAUUGCGAGGAGUUCCAAUAUUGGUGGUGCCCUCGCGCCUUUUAAUCGAAACAGUCAAAAGACUUCGCAAGGUCGGACACCAAACUCCAACACAAAGGCCCAAAAGACAUCCGUAAUCAACCAGAUCAAGCGCGAUCCAACACGAGUCCAGGAAGACGCCCAAUCCGGCCGAGUGUCGCGUCAAGGACGUAUAACAAAAUCAGUCCGUUUCCGCCUUCCUUCAGAGAAUGACGAGAUACAGGUUGAGCAGCAGCUUGAAAGGCCUAUUUUGACACGAAGGAAUGGCGGGAACAUUGAGAAGGCAAAAUUGUAG